ACGUGCCAGUUGAGUGAGUGCUGCGAAACGAGCACCACGUCGCUAUGUUGUGGAUAGUGUGGAUAUGCCGAUAGAUAGAAUAGUUUUUCACCACGGGAUCUAACAUGAACGAGUUCUACUUCGAACGUUCGAAGGAGGAGAAACGUUAAACAAUUAGGUCGAGGACUGGGAAGUGUGCGUUUAGUACGUCAACCAUGGCAGGAUGUGCAGCCAGUGCUUACCUUUCGGCUGUCAAAUGGAGCGACGAUGGAUACUAUCUGAAAGAAUUUACUCAAAAAUUUACGCUUCCUCAAGUGGCCAAGAUCAUCAAAGGACAAUAUUUAAAUCUCGGCGUGCCAAGUCUGUCGUCUCCUUCGCUCAAUCAAAUUGUUUUCUUCUCUUCUGCUGGCAAACGCAUUAAAGUAGCUGCCCAAUGCGUCAAGUUCAAGGAUAAUCGUAAAGUAGUCCCGAUAGGGCCUAAAUUGGCCAUCCCCGACAACUACGAUGGAUGGUUCGAAAUCCUUUCGGAAGAAGGCAAAGCUGUUCGUUGCAUCGAGAGCGUUGCAGAACUUGUCAAGAGAUUUCCAGAAACAUGUUUAGUGAGAGAAAACGUUAAAGCUUACGUAUCGAAGCACGAAGAAUCCGAAUGCGUCAUGGAUAAAGUGAAAACGGUGCACGCGGGAGAAACUUUGGUGCUGGUGAGUGAAGUUGUGGCAUCGAUCAGUAAAGGGAAAGGUCCUAACCGCUUCCUCAGGUGCUUCACCUCGACAGGUGAGAGUGUCUAUUUAAGUCUCGAACAGAAGGGGAAGUUCAGUCCCGUAGCAGGUGAGGAGAAUAUUUCUGGUGUACAUACCAUCCAAACUCUUUUGUCUAAGCGUUUUCCUCUAAUGGUGCGGUUAGUUCACGGUAAACCCCCUUUCGGACUGAAAUCGCAAUUUUUACCAGACAUGAGACUCUAUUCCUUGUUCGAAGAAGAAUGCAUCGUUGCGCUUCCUCUAUUAAAAGAUUCGUCCAUUAUAUCUUUACCGUUGACGGCCGCAUUGAAACUACAAGCACCUCGCAACGUAGACGUUUUGACCAAACUUCGAGAAUACACUACGUUAACGGACAGAUGUAAUUCUUUAAUGCAAGACGUAUCGGAUAGAAUUCAAAUAUUUGACAUAUCUCUUAGUAAAGAGUUAAGAACUGAAACGAAAUCGACCCAAAUCCAAUUUCAUAUGAACAGAAGACAGAAAAAGAAUGCUAACGAUCAUCCCCUGAGGAGAAGCAUAUCUGAUCCUCAGCAAAUCAAAGGGGAACGUUCGGUAUCCGCUAAUCAAAAACCCGAUCUAAAUAACGAUAAUCGAUACGACGAAAUCGAUCAGAUAUACGAUUACGUAAGAGGAUUCGCACCUCUUUCAGAAAAAAUCAAAAGCGAUUUCGAGACACCCGAAAAUAAAACAGAGACUUCUCCGGUUGAAACAGAGGAGGAAAAGAAACCGGAACCACCACCCAUAGAAACAAUUCCAAUAAGGAAAUUCUCGUUAGAUUCUUCACCACAGAAAAUAACCAUCAGCAUCAGCAGCAAAGAAAAGGAAGAAGAGGAUCACGUGUACGAGAAACUCAAAAACAGCACCAAUCAUCCGGUUAAACCCAUAAGAAUUCCCAUAAGAUCUAAUAGCGCCGGAAGGCUUUAUAUUCCUAACGAACAUAGUAACAAAUAUUUAUCCAAAACACCGAUACAACGCGCUAAUCCUUAUAGAUCUCGUUUACUGAAACAAUCCAAGAGCUCCCCUUUGUUGAAAGAUGCACCGAUACAGAAACCCAACCGAAUUAAAACGUGUAGAAGCAACAAAUCACUGACUACUUCCCCACUUUUUCACAUAAGAUAUAAAUCUUUAACUAAUUUGGCAGUGGAUUUCAAUACACUAGAUUCUAGUAAUUCAGGAGGUCAAGCAUCAUCGGGAUCGGACGAAAACAAGGAUCAAAAGAACACCAAGGCAAAUAAAACUAAAUUAUCCAGACCAAGAUCGUUGACAAAUUUAUUUUGGGAUCAGAUCGAAAAUCACAAUAAGUAUAAUCUACUCCAGAACGAUAAAAUUAACGACGGAAGACCAGUUAUAUAUUUGCACGACAAUAAAAUGAACAAUAAACGAAUCGGUACAUUGUAUCUAUGAACGAAGAUAAAGUUAGGUGAGUAAUGUAUAUAUGGUAGGAUGUGAUAUUUGUUCGAAUUUUCGAUUAAUAAUUCUCAGUAGGAAACCUCGCUGACAUGUCAUUUGCUUUUUAUUAUUUUUUUUUGUCAAGCUGUGCCAACUUUUUUCACCUAUAAUUAUUAUUUUUUUUAACGAUAAGCUUCGCUAAUAUUACAUAUAGGCCUAAUGUAAAUCUCAGUUUAAUUGAUAAUCUAAAUUGUAAAUAAAUUUGAAUAUUGCCAUGAAAAUUUACUAAAGUUUUAAUAAUUAUAAUACUCUUAAUACGUAAUAACAAAAGGAAGAAAAUACUGUUGUCUUUAACUCUGAAGUGAUAAAUAAAGCUUGACUUAUAUAAGUUUCUUUAA